GGCCUGGGUCCCGCCAGCCCCGCACCCACAUGAGUUUGAGAGCAGCUGACCACGUGACGCCCUGCUUCCCCACGGGCCGGGGAGCCACCUGGGGCAGUGGGCUGCGGGCUGAGGGGUCUCAGCGAGGUGGUCCCGGCGCCUGGGCUCCCGCCCCUUCCUGGCCCCGUGCCCCCACCCCUCCAGGAAGCCUUUGGGCUCUGCCCUUCCGUCCUCUGUUCUCCCGUGUCUUCCCCUCCAAGCCCUUCUCCCUCUGCUGACCCAGCAGCCCGCUGGGCGUUAAUCAGUGACAGAGGUCCCGUCCCGAGCCAGCCGUGACCCAGGAGGCCUCAGCCUGCCAGUCUGCCCCUGCCUGGCCGCUGCCAUGGGGCUCCUGGAGGUCUUCCUCAUCCUGCUGGGCGGCCUGGGGGCCCUGGCCACCGAGACCUGUGAGAUCCACCUGGACCGCACACUGGAGGCGGGGCUGGGCCGGCGCCUGCUGCCCCGGCUGCACCUGCUGUCUGCGGAGCAUCUGAACCCCAGCGUGUACCUGGGCCUGCGUCUGUCCGGCCUGCAGGCUGGCGCCCAGGAGGCCCUGUACCUGCAGAGCCUCAAGCUCCACUACACACAGACACUCCUGGGCACUGACGAUGGCAAUAGCGGCAGACAGGCCAAGCCGUCCAUGGGCCAGCUGGCCCUCUACCUGCUGGCCCUCAGGGCCAACUGCGAGUUUGCGGUGGGCCGCAAGGGGGACAGGCUGGUCUCCAAGCUGAAGCGCUUCCUGGAGGAGGAGAAAAAGGCCAUGGAGGAGGGGCUCACGCCCCACACCAGCUACUACCAGUACAGCCUGGGCGUCCUGGCCCUGUGUGCGCACGGGAAGCAGCUCCACCACAGCGUGCCACACAGGCUCCUGCACGCCCUGGAGCACGGCCACCUCCCGGGGGGCGUGGACACGGCCGCCAUGGCCGGCCUGGCCCUCACCUGCCUGCAGCGCUCGGGCCUCAAGCACCACCGGCUGGGCCCGGCCCUCAGGAGCCUGCGAGAGGACAUCCUCAGGGCCCAGACGGCCGAUGGCCACUUCGGGAACGUGUACAGCACCCCACUGGCUCUGCAGCUGCUGGAGACUGAGCACAGCCCCGGGUUGGGGGCAGUGUGUAGCCAGGCCAAGGCCGCCUUGGUGAGCAGCCUGCAGGAGGGCGCCUUCCAGAACGCUCUGGUCAUCUCCCAGCUGCUGCCCACACUGAACCACAGGAGCUACGCAGACCUGCUCUCCCCCGACUGCCAGGCACCCAGAGCCUUGCUGGAGCCUGUCGCAGAGCCCCCUGAGCCGCACGAGGUGGAGUCUUCGAGAGUGACACUGUCGGUCCCCAGCCGUGGGUACAGGCAGUCUGUCCAGGUCCCCUUCGGCUCUUCCCUGAUGGACGUCUUGCUGAAGGCCCGGGAGCUGGGCGGAUUCACGUACGAGACCCAGCCGUCCUUGUCCGGCCCCUACCUGGCCUCGGUGAUGGGGACGGAGGCUGGGGACCACCAGUACUGGCAACUUCUGCGGGACCCCAACAUACCCCUGCUGCAGGGUGAGUCUGGGGGUGCUUGGAGCCAGCCCAGCACCAACGACAGGCGGAAGGGCACCAGCCCAGCACCCCACACAGCCCAGGUGCCCCAGACUCUGCCUGGGUAUUGUUCUGUUUGGGGAGCUGGGAACAGGACACUGAGUCCCCUGUCUUCUGCCCCUGACAGAGGGGCUCCCUUCCCCUGUCCUUGAGCCUGCACUGAGCACUGGGUCCUGAGUAUUGAGCACUGGGCACUGGGUCCUGAGUACUGGGCACUGAGCACUGGGUACUGGGCACUGAGCCUGCCAUCCG